GUCUAUCGUCAAUAUUAUUGUCCAAAAAUUCGGAUUUUUCGUAUUUUAAGCACAAAAGUGGAUGUUAAAGUGCCCAAAUUUUAUGUAAUGACGACUUUUUAGUGCUUUUGCAUGCACAAAGCCACGCGAAAGGUCGUUUUCAGUCGUACAACGCGCAAUUUCUCGUGAAAAUCCAUUCGCAUCAUCGCAUCCUCCAUUAUUGACCCACAAAAAACGCAAAAUGUACACGCAUCAAGAUAUGCCGCGGGCUCUAAAGCCCCUGAAAAGACCCCGUUUGGGCAUCCCGGAUGUUUAUCCGCAGCAGGAGAAGCAAAAGGAAGACGAACUUACCAUGGCGAAUGUCAAACACGGCUUUACGCAUUCCCUUUCCAUCAGCGAAGAGUUCGGAAGUGCCCGAAAUUCGAGUAUUACUGCGAGCAAAGUCGGCGCUUAUUUCAACGGGAUCCUUGCAAAACGCGAGGAAUUCAUGACGCUGCCCGAUUCGGGGCGGAAAAAGCAACAAAUCAAUCCGAAAGACAAUUUUUGGCCCGUAACUGGACGAACGAAGCAAACUUUGGAUAAUUGGUUCAAGGAUUUGGCUGGAAAUAAGCCUCUGGCGAGCUUGGCAAAGAAGGCGCCGUCGUUCAAUAAGAAGGAAGAGAUCUUCGUGAUGCUUUGCGAGAACCAAGUAACGAUGCAACGAGCAACAUGGUUCAUUAAAUUAAGUUCGGCAUAUACUGUAGCGGUGUCAGAAGCGAAAAUUAAGAAAAGAUCGAUGCCGGAUCCAGCCACAGAAUGGACCGGAACGUUGAUAAAAUUCCUCAAAGACUUGAUUCCGAAGCUUGUGGAGCAUUAUCAUCAAGGUCCGUUGCCGGAAAAGCCUCCCGCUGCUCAACCAACGUCAGCGUCGCACAUUCCACAGAGCUUAAGUUCGUCUCUGAACUCUUCCUCGAACACAAUAUCGCCUUCGAUGUCAAGUCCCGUCGGGCAAACGAACCCCCAACCCGUUUUGACGCCGCAAGAAGAACAAAAACUCGCGAAAAAACAAUGGAAUUACUGCACACAACUCGCAAAAUACAUGUACGAGGAAGGAUUACUCGACAAACACGAAUUCCUGAACUGGGUUCUUGAUCUCCUGGAUAAAAUCAAGUCUCAAACGAACGAUGAUGGGAUUUUGCGGCUGUAUCUGCCGAUUGUCAUGCAAUAUUUGCAAGAUUUUGUGCAAUCUGAACGGUUAUGUCGUCGUCUCGCGUAUUUAGUGUCGAAAAAAUUGAUGUUUUUGAUCAAUAAUCAUCUCGACGGGAAGCAAGAACAGCAAUCGACGCCUUCGCAAGCCACCGAAACUGUCGCCAAGAUGGAAAUUGACGACCAAAAACCCGAAGAUGCGGAAAAUAAAGAUCAAAAUGCGACACAGCAACAAGUAGAAACGCAACAAAAAGCAGUUCCGCCGUACGAUGCGGUUUUUAACGAUUACAUGAGUUGCCCGCAUCAUCACGACAUCGUUUUGGAACUCAGCACGAUUCUGCAAGUCAUCACAAUUGAAUGUCCAACGGCGCUGAUUCGCUGUGGCAUUGGCGAAAGUCGUUCAAUUCUCGCAGGAAGUCCUUUAGACAACCUUCCGAUACCGCCUUCAAGUCUCCCGAUGCCCAGUAAAUGCGUUAUGAGCAACAAUGAAGUAAGAAGACAACUUUUGGUAGCGGAAGAGAAUAUUCGGCAACGUUCGAAGAAUGCAGAUCAACGUUGGUGUGCCGAUAAAUGGCAGGCAUUGACAAAUUCCAAUUCAAGUGCGAAAAUUUUGGCUACUCUCGAUGCUUUGGAUAGUCAUUCGUUCGAUCGUGUUGACUCGAAUAACUGUUUGGAGACGUUAUAUCCGAAAAUUUUCCCUCCUUUGAACAUGGCGCAUGGCAAAGAAGGAGAUUCGAGUGGGAAAUCGAAGAAAAGUGAAUAUAAUCCGAGUCAAGAUGCGCCAAUUGUGCAGAUUUUGUGCGAAUGGGCGGUUUCGUGGCAACGUUGGGGCGAACACAGAGCGAUGGCAGUAGCGUUGUUGCUGGAUAAGAGACAAAAUGAGAUCACGUCGAGCGAAAAUGAUAAUAAUCAGACGUCAAAUAAUGAUGAUAAGGAUUCAAUGUGCUCGGGAAAUGGAAUAAAUGGCGUGCCGGUAUUUCAGCAAAUUUUGAUGAACUUUUUGGAUAAUGAUGCGCCCGUUUUAGAUCACAAUCCAACUCCUCAAAACAAGGCACAAUUCACAAAUUUGGUCCAUUUAUUCAGCGAAUUAAUUCGUCACGAUGUCUUUUCGCAUGAUGCUUACAUGUGUACGUUAAUUUCUCGCGGAGAUCUCUUGAACGAAACGACUUCAACAACCAGCGGAGUGUCUCAGACAACAACUUCCAUCGGAAUUGGACCCAUUUCAACCACAAUUGCAUCGCCAGCUGUCAAUACGGAAGACGGGCUUGACAUUUUUGGCAUGGAUUUCAAGCAACCCGACGAAAUUGAAGAAUCCAAAGUUGACAUGGAGCUCGGAAAAUUACUUCAACACAUCAACACGUCGCAACAAAACUCAAUGGAUGCUCCCGACUCGCCAAAAGAAGUUGACGCCCCUGCAGGAAAUAUAUUUUCAUCGACAACUUCUUCUUCCGUGAAUCGACAUUUCCUGUAUACGACGCAUUUCCCGUUGAGUCAAGAUGAUCCAGGCACUGUGCACGAUUGCAAUCAACGAUACAUCUUACUUUUCGGUGUCGGGCGUGAUCGCGAUGAGAAACGACAUGCCGUGAAAAAGAUUUCGAAGGAAAUUUGCAAACUUUUCUCGAAAAAGUUCAGUAUUGAUGUCGCCGAGGGAUGCAAAGUGAAGAAACAUUCGCGAAAUGAGUUCAAUUUCGAGUCCGUGGCGAACAAAUGUCAAGUUUUGUCGUAUUUCGAUCAGCAUGUCGUUACGUGGCAAUGCGCGAUGACCGUUCAGGAGAUUUUGAAUAGUUUUGCUGUGGGAAAUAGUAAUUAUCUUCCGGUUCAGGAGCAUGUAGCGUUUUUGUUUGACUUGAUGGAGACGGCAUUCAAUAUUUACGGAUUAAUUGACAUGUGUAUUCAGAUUUUGAAGGAGUUGCCGGAAGUUGAGAACCAAUUGGUGUCGAAAAAUUCAAUUAUGGCAAAAAGUUAUACGACUUCGUUGAGCUUGUAUGUCGUUGGAGUGCUUCGACGGUAUCAUUGCUGUCUUUUAUUAUCAAGCGAUCAAGUAUCCGCCGUUUUCGAAGGAUUAUGCAAAGUUGUGAAGCAUGUCACCAAUCCAAGUGACUGUAGCUCCGCUGAACGAUGCAUCCUCGCCUAUUUAUACAACUUAUACUCUGCUUGCUCCUUGUUGAAGACCAAACCUCAAUCGCCCGAGAACUUCCAUAAUGCCCAACCGAAGAUCAAACAAGCCCUCUACUCAUCAAUUGCGCCUCAACCGUCAUCCCAUCCGUACAAUCCGCAAUUUUUGUCGGAAGUUUUCUCGAAUCCGCGUCGCGGAGGCAAAAUUGAACCAGCUUGGGCUCGUUUACUCAACGAUUCUGCCGCAAAUCGCUAUAGUUUUGUGUGCAACAUCAUAAUUGCCGUCGCCCGUGAGACAGAUAACGAUCGUUUGAACGACAUUGCAGCGACUUGUGCUGAACUCACGGCUUGCUGUAACGCCUUAAGUGCUGAAUGGUUGGGCGUUUUGAUCGCUUUGUGCGGUUCUUCCGUCGAAUCUGGCUACUAUGCGGACGUUUUGCGACAAGUAAACAUCCAAAAUCUCGCAAUUCACAACUCAAUUGCGGUUUUUACGUGCAUUCUCGUGGCCCGUCAUUGUUUCUCGUUGGAAAGUUUCGUCGUUUUGGUUGCGUUGCCGCCUCUCGUGCAAUACGUGAAAGACGGUUUAGCUGAUUUGUCGUCAGAAGCUGAGGCAGGACCACGACUUUCGUGUCAUUUACUCUUGAGAUUGUUCAAAACGAGUGAAUUACCGCAGCCUGGCAUGUAUUCCGUGAGUACUUCACCGAAUCCGAUGUUCGCGACGUUGGGGCAACAUACCAUCAAGCUGAGUUGUGAUCGUCAUUUGCUGACAGCAGCGCACAAAUACAUCACGGUAGGCGCUAUUUUGGCAGUUUUGAAGGGAAUUUUAGCAUUUGGCGAUGCCACAGCGAUGAAAAAUCAACAAAACAGCGGCAAGAAAAGUGGUUUAAAUACGCCCGUACAUCCCGGAAGUACCCCGAAAAGCGGCGAUUUGAGUCAAAUUUUGGGCACAAGUGAUUUGGGGGUGCUUGGCAUGGGCGACGAACCAAUGUUGGAUCUUCCCAUCGUCGACUUAGAAGGCAUUCAAUCAAGACCAACGCUCAACAGGAAUCAACAAAGUACGCAGAAUGAAAAUACGACGAGUCUUUCGGAUUUUGCUCAGCAUGUUUUGAAACAAAUUUGCUCUCAGGAAUGGGUUCUCGAACGCUGUCUCAGCUGCGAGGAACUUUGCAAGCCUGGCAUGUUAAUUGACAGCAUGUUAACCGCCCGUCAAGCUCAAAAGCUCCUUCACAUGAUCUGCUACUCCGAAAGCGAAUACAAUCUCAAAGCAGAAAUGGAUCAACAACAAAUCAUCGCAAGAAUUCUCGAAAAUUUGGAUCAAUGGUCCUUGCGAAUUUCCUUCCUCGACUUGCACUUGAUGUACAAACAAACUUUGAACAAUCCCUCGGAAUGGCUCGAUAUCGUCGCUCGAUCCGUGAUAAAUGUCUUCAAAAUCUCCGACGAAGUGAAAAAAACGGAAAAACAAAAACAAUCAAUUUGGCUAAUUGCUCCUCUGGUCUCGAAACUUCCGAGUCAAGUACAGGGAAGAAUAUUGCGUGUCGCUGGACAAGUUUUGGAAUCAACGGAUUUGUUCAAUUCCGCAGCGAAAGUCGAUCCGGAUAACGCUGAAGGUGACGAAGACGAUCACGAGGAUGAUGAUCAUAGCGAAGCGGAUGUCGUUGAGAAGAAAAAAUCUCCGUUGUUGAACCAUCAACCGUUUUUGAGGCUUAUUUUGACAUGUUUGAACGGGCAAGACGAACAAAAGGAGGGUUUAUUGCAGUCUUUGCACUCGCAAUUGAGUCAAUUUGUGAAAAGAAAGGAAAUGGAGAACAUCGGAGGCAUCGAAGAUCCACGAGGACGUGAAGAAAUGUUGGAUGCCUUGCAAUUGAGGUUCUCAUUAAUUGGCGGGAUGUUCGAUGCGAUCCUCAAAAAUUCAACUUUGACCACAGAUUGGGCUUUAUUGCUCGUGCAACUCAUCAGUCAAGGCGUUAUUGACCUUACGAACAAUUCGGAGCUAUUUACGACAGUUUUAGACAUGCUGGCGACGUUAAUCCAUUCAACUCUUGUGUCUGACAGUCAAUCUGAAAGAGAUGAAAAUAAGAAAUUAUACACGAAUUUGAUGAAAAAAUUGAAAAAAGAGCUCGGAGAUGCAAAUAAUGCUUCAAUAAAGUACGUUCGACAACUUUUGCCGUUAUCGAAACAAACUUGUGAGGUUAUCGCGUGUGAACCUUUGGGCGCCGCAACCGAUGGCAAAGGAAAUAAAAUCAAUAUUGACAGUAUUGACAAGAAACAUGGCUUGCGAUUGGCUGACAAGCAACGCGUUAGUGUCUGGGACUUGCUCGAAGGUUCGAAAAAUCCCGCCCCGCUGUCAUGGGCGUGGUUUGGUGCCGUCAAAAUGGAACGAAAACCUCUCAUGUACGAAGAAGCUCAUCGUCUCUUGCGUUUCCACACCCAUAGUUUGGUCAAACCGAGCAGUUAUUUCUACGAACCGCUUCAACUCCCGCCCGAAGACCUUGAACCCGAAAAAUUAAAAGACGACAAAGCUGACACGCCUUCGUCUUUGGAUCAAUCUCCAGCUGGGCGGGGCAAAGGAAAGGGCAUUCGUCGUCCUCGGAAACCGAAACAAAAUGCGACAGCAACUCCGCCUGUUCCGUCGACGUUACAACAACAACUUCAGAGCCCCAGUAUCGUGCAAAUGCAACAAAUUCAGCAGCAGCAACAGCAAUUUGUGCAAAAUCAACCGCAGCAGCAGCAGCAAAUGAUGAUGGGACAAAAUCCGGGCAUGAAUCCGCAAAUGCAAGGGCAAAUGGGAGGGAAUCAGCAGAUGGGAGGCAAUCAACAGAUGGGCGGAAAUCAACAAAUGGGCAUGCAGGGAGGGAUGCAAAUGCAAAAUACGAAUGUCAUGGGUAUGCAAAGCAAUCCGAAUAUGAUGAAUCAACAGCAGCAAUGGGGAUAUCAGAAUCAAAUGGGACAAAUGGCGCCGAAUCAGCAAGGACCGCAACAAGGGCAGCCGCCGUUCUAUCAGGGAAUGCCGCAGCCAAUGCGUCCCGGCGCAAAAGCUCUUACAAACAUGCUUCGCCAACGUCAUCCCGGCAUGAGUCAAGCUCCCAUGUUUGGUCCUGCUCAACAAAAUCCUCCUCAAGGCGGUUAUUUGCGUCAACAACUCCGAAUGCCUCAAGUUCCUCCCAAUAUGGGCAUGAAUCCAAUGAUGCAACAAAACCAAGGCGUCGCAAAUCCCAUGAUGAACGCCGGGCAACAACAACAAGUCAAUCCGCAGCAAAUGAACACGGGCAUGGUUGGCAACAUGCAAGGCGGAAACAUGAUGACGAACCAGCAGCAACUCAACCAAGGCGGCAAUAUGAUGAAUCAAGGCGGCAUGCCGAACCAAAAUGCGAUGAUGAACCAACAAAUGACGGGCAUGGGAAACGCAAACAUGGGAAAUCCGAUGGCAGGACAAAUGAAUGCGGGAAAUACGAUGAAUAUGCAAGGACAGAACCAAAUGGUAGGACAGGGAAAUGUCGCCGGCAACAAUCAAAUGUACCAAAAUAUGCAAGGAAUGAACCAGAAUUACGGUUAUGCGAAUCAACAGCAACAGGGCAACGUCAAUAUGGGCGGAAACAACAUGAUGGGCAAUUUCCAGCAACAACAGCAAGUUCCGCAGCAACAGCAAGUGCAGCAAAGAACGCAGCAGGAGCAAUAUUUGGCUCAGCAGAGAGCGAUGCAAGCAAAUCGCGGGCAAUAUAUCCAAGGAGCACCGAAUGUCACGAUGAAUCAAAUGGCGGGACAAGGUCAAGGACAAGCGCCGCCCUAUCAAAGGCCCCAAAUGAACCCCCAGCAGCUUCAACAGGCACGUUUACGACAACAAAUGAUGAUGCAACAGCAGCAGCAACAACAGCAAAACAUGGGUCAACAACCAAACAACCAAGCGAUGAUGGGAAAUCAAGGUCAAGGCAUGAAUCCGCAACAACCGCAAUCCGCCUUAGUUGCUCAGUUACAACGUCAAAUGCCGAAUCAGCAACAAAAUAUGAUGGGCGGCGGGCAAAUGGGCGGAUAUCCGAACCAACAACCUCCUCCGUAUUAAAUGAUCUGACAAAGCCUACUAAAUAUUGCAUGGUAAUAAUUUUAAUCCGUGAACGUCUUAUUUUUUAAUAUUUAUCCUAUAUUUUGUAUUAAAAUAUAAUUAAAAUAG